GUCAGCUGAUCAGAUCACAUGAUUAGUGAGUUCGUAGAAUCCUCCUGUCAGCUCUCGUAUUCAUGUCAUACGCGAAAAACUACUUGUUUCAUUCUUAUUUGAAGUGCUAAAAGGCUAGAACCCAUCCAAAAUGGGAUCGUUAUUUCGGAGUGAGGAAAUGACAUUAUGUCAGAUGUUCCUGCAGAGUGAGGCAGCCUACGCUUGCGUUUCCGAAUUGGGAGAACUGGGACUGAUACAAUUUCGUGAUUUAAAUCCUGAUGUUAAUGCAUUUCAACGCAAAUUUGUCAAUGAAGUGCGACGCUGUGAUGAAAUGGAACGAAAAUUACGCUACCUUGAAAAGGAAAUCAAGAAAGAUGCUAUCCUGAUGCAUGACACUGGAGAGAGCCCUGAGGCACCUCAGCCAAGGGAAAUGAUAGAUCUUGAGGCAACAUUUGAAAAGUUGGAGAAUGAGCUACGGGAAGUUAAUCAAAAUGCAGAAGCUUUGAAAAGAAAUUUUCUGGAACUCACGGAGUUGAAACAUAUUCUUCGCAAGACUCAAGUAUUCUUCGAUGAGGAUGAUUUAAGUAUGACGCAAACAAUAAAUUAUGCGCAGAUGGCUGGACCAUCAAGAGAAGACGAGCAAGUAACACUUCUUGGAGAGGAGGGACUUCGAGCUGGUGGACAAGCGCUCAAGUUAGGGUUUGUGGCAGGCGUUAUUUUACGUGAGCGUAUUCCUGCUUUUGAAAGGAUGUUAUGGCGAGCCUGUCGUGGCAAUGUAUUUCUAAGGCAAGCAGAAAUAGAGUCGCAUUUGGAAGACCCUGUAAAUGGGGACCGAGUCUUUAAAUCUGUUUUCAUCAUUUUCUUUCAAGGAGACCAACUAAAAACCAGAGUAAAGAAAAUAUGUGAAGGUUUUCGUGCCACCUUGUAUCCCUGUCCGGAGGCCCCUGCAGAUCGACGAGAAAUGGCAAUGGGAGUUAUGACCCGCAUUGAAGAUUUAAACACAGUUUUAGGUCAAACGCAGGAUCAUCGGCAUCGAGUGCUCGUAGCUGCUGCAAAAAAUGUAAAAAAUUGGUUCAUCAAAGUUCGGAAAAUAAAAGCCAUCUACCACACUCUCAACUUAUUCAAUCUUGAUGUCACACAAAAGUGCUUAAUUGCUGAAUGUUGGGUACCUGUAAUGGACAUUGAGACCAUCCAACUUGCUCUCCGUAGAGGAACGGAAAGGAGCGGAAGCUCAGUUCCAACAAUUUUGAACCGUAUGGACUCAACGGAAGACCCACCGACCUAUAAUAGAACCAAUAAGUUUACCGGUGCAUUUCAAAAUCUGAUAGAUGCCUAUGGUGUUGCUUCUUAUCGAGAAGUGAAUCCAGCUCCAUACACUAUCAUAACAUUCCCCUUCCUGUUUGCUGUCAUGUUCGGCGACAUUGGCCAUGGUUUAAUCAUGUUCUUGUUUGCUGCUUGGAUGGUGCUUCGUGAGAAACCAUAUCUCGCUAAGAAAUCCACGAAUGAGAUCUGGAAUAUUUUCUUUGCUGGGAGGUAUAUAAUUUUGUUGAUGGGCAUUUUUUCUGUUUACACUGGUUUUAUCUACAAUGAUUUCUUCUCAAAAUCAUUGAAUCUUUUUGGUUCAAGCUGGAAAGUUCAUUUCAAUGAGUCUACGUACCUCAACAAUAAAAAUAUUCAACUUCACCCUUACUAUAAUUACGAUGGAACUCCGUACGGAUUUGGACUAGAUCCAGUGUGGCAGCUCGCUGAAAACAAGAUCGUUUUCACCAAUGCCUUUAAAAUGAAAAUAUCUAUCAUUUUCGGAGUCUUACACAUGUUGUUUGGCGUUGGCUUGAGUCUUUGGAACCAUGCAUACUUCAAGAAACAAAUAUCUAUCUACUGUGAAUUCAUUCCUCAAGUGAUUUUUCUAUCGUUUCUCUUCCUUUACUUGGCGUUCCUAAUGAUUCUCAAAUGGAUGCUCUAUGGUCCAGUUCCAGAUGAUGAUGCAGCCAAUUUUCCCUCCAGUCCAGCAUGUGCUCCUCCAAUUUUAAUAAUGUUCAUUAACAUGAUACUGUUUAAGGACUCUGAACCACUCCUCAAUUGUGUGUCUCCAUUUAUGUACUUUGGACAGAAUGGCAUCCAGCGACUUUUGGUCUUAGUUGCAGUAGCCUGUAUACCAUGGAUGUUGUUAGGUAAACCCAUCUCUAUAAUGAAAGAACAAAAGCAAGAGCAUCAAUUGUUGGCUAACAAUCAUGCCAAUGCUGCGGGAGAAAAUGGUGAUGCUGGAGUGAAUCCCCAGGUAGCUGUAACACCAGUUGCUUCAAAACAUGAGGAACAUGACAUCGGUGAAAUUUUUAUUCAUCAAGGUAUCCAUACAAUUGAGUAUGUGCUAGGGUCUGUGAGCCACACAGCUUCUUAUUUACGUCUUUGGGCGUUGUCUCUUGCUCAUGCUCAGUUGUCAGAAGUGUUAUGGCAUAUGGUCCUAAGAAACGGACUCAUUUAUGAGUCUUGGUAUGGCGGCAUAGUUUUGUGGAUGAUUUUUGCUUUGUGGGCGGUCCUUACUGUUGCAAUCUUAGUUCUUAUGGAGGGUCUCUCAGCAUUUUUACACACACUGCGUCUGCAUUGGGUGGAAUUCCAGAGCAAAUUCUAUAUGGGUCAAGGAUAUGCCUUUACUCCCUUCUCCUUUGAGGUUAUUUUAGAAACUGCAGCAGCCUCCACCGAUGACUAGCCAUGAGAAGAGUCAUUUCCAUUUUGAAAGAAAUUUCUGGGAGAUGUAACGAAAUUGCAGUUAUAAUUUAUUCCUCUUUCAUGAUCAGUUUUUAAUAUGUAGUUUAAUAGUUAAUUAUUAUUACUAAUGAUACUAAUAGAGUAUUAAUUUUUCUUGUAAUUUUUCCUCCUGCGGUUUUCAAACUUGUAAGCACAGAAGUUUACAUGAGUAUUGAUGCCUUUGUUUUUUUCCCCUUGGUUUUUGCUGUUUUCUUAUUCUUAUCUAUGGAUACCAUGGGAGCCAUUGAGUUUUGAACACUUCAAGCUGAAAGUUGCACAUUAAAUCAUUUCUUCUCAUUGUUUUUCCUCUCAUGUAAGGUCAAGUGAAAAAGUAACUUUAUUUAGAAAGUAAUGGAAAGAUUCAUGAUAUUUAUGAUGAGUAGAAUUAUUUUCAUUCAUGUAUUUUUACAGUGAAGUAUGAAUGAAUCCCAACUUUUUAAAUCAAAAUGCGAUAUUUUGGCUCUUGAAUUCUCUUUGUAUGUUUUAUAAUUAAUGGGUGAUACACCUGAGGCACACCUCAACUACUUGGCUAGUUCUCCCUCCCUCUAAACAAAAGUAAUUAUGGCCGCAACUUUAUGGUUUCCGUGCAACUGUUGAGAAUUUCAUUUUCAAGCUCAAAUUUUCAAUUCGGUAAUCUUUAUCUUGGAGCGUAAUGAUUGUCGAUUUAACAUCAUAGGAUCUGUGAUUCAUUUUCCGGAAAUUUGUGCAAAGGUGUAAUCUCUAUAGCCCUGCAUAGACGAUCAAAUUCCGAACCAAUUCCGAUCAAGGUAGACAUGCUGAUGACUGGUGGUCACCAUCUACCAUCAAAUUUUGACGGGCCGCACUUUUUUGUUCAAAGUAAGAUCAGACCGGAGUACCAUCAUUCAUCAUUUCCUGCCACAGGAAACAUUUCUGCCAAGUUUUCAUUUUAUAAUGAAGCAAAUUAAUGAGUUUAGGACUGAUGACUCCCGACACUUUGAUGCUACUUUGAUCGGAAUUGGUUCGGGAAUUUGGUCGUCUAUCGAGGCCUUAUCCUCUUAUAGCAAUCGAGUUUGAUCAUGGUAACAUGUGCUGUCAUUGUAUUGUUGAUGGUUAACAGCAUUUUCAGCCCUUCUUUUUUCUUAAAUCCUACAUAUUGUGAGGAGGUCCUCUCAUGUCCAAAUCAUGUGUGUGUCACUUUUUUUACUGCUGUUCUUCCUUCAAAUUUAUGUAAGAAGUCAUCCAUUCCAUCACCAUCGCAUUUAACGCUUGUAAUUUUGUUCUUUUUUUGGUUAUUGUUUGUUUGAUCCAUUAUAUGUUUCUUUUCUUAUCCUUCCA